AAAGAUAUCUGUAGUUUUAAAAUGAGAUAGUUCCAUUUCUGUCAUAUAUUAUCAUAAACACUAUUUUCUGACGUCAUUUAGAUUUUGGACCAUACAUCGACAUUAAAGUACAUCUCUUUUAACGAACAAAUCGUUCACAAUCCCUGAAUAUAAGUAUUCCCAAUUUGUUUCUUUUGCAAAAAGACAUUGAUGAUUUAAAGAAAAACUAUAUUUAUUUAAGUAUCAUCAGUUUCAACAUUUUUUGAUCUGAACAAAUAAAAUAAAAAUUUAUAAAUAAAUAAAAAUCUGAAUAAAAUAAAAUAAAACAGUACUUUCUCUUACUGUCAUCAAGAUGGACAUAAAACUAACAAAAGCAUUGUAUAGUCCCGAAUUUAUUAAGCCGUUAAUUAUUUCCUUUAGAUUGUUAAACAUAUGCAACAUAAAUUUCUUUGACGACAAUUUACCGACCUUCAAGAAGUACUGGAUAUAUGCCUUGAUAGUUCCAUGUUUGGUCCUUCAUUGCAUAUCGUUGGUUUAUUAUAUAAUUAGAAUUACAUCUGAAAACAAGAAUGUGGUUGAUUUGGCAUAUACUGUGCCGAUUUUGAUGAUUACUACUCAAGCCAUUAUUAAAGCAGCUUUUAUUAUCAAGAGGAAGGGAGAAAUUAAACAAAUCAUAGAAGAACUGGGUGCUAUGUGGAGGACUACGGAUUUGACAAAAAUACAACUCAAGAAAAAGAAUGCAGUUUUGUCUAAAAUAUAUAUUUGUCAACGAGUGAUCUACAUCUCAAGCAUGGUCGGCUCCAGUCUGUACACGAUAUCACCUCUACUGGAGUGUUUAUUGCGACGAGUCAUUCUGAAACAGGACUUCGAGUGGCUGUUGCCGUUCCCUUGCAGCUACCCUUUCAACCCUACUGAGACCUGCUUCAGAUAUAUUAUUUUGUAUAUAUUCCAGAGCUAUUGUAUGUUCAUGUGCGUAUUUUCAUAUAUUGGCUGCGAAUUUCUGAUGGUAGCCAUAUGCUCACAUUUAAUCGCUGAAUUCACUAUUCUUAGAGAAGAUUUCCUUAAUUUGAAACCAAUUAAAAAUAGUAGCAAAAGACAAAUAGGUGGAGAAGAAACUAAUAAAAUUGAAAUGAAUAAUUUUAUCAAGACUCACCAAAAGCUGAUUGAUUUAUCCCGACGCCUGGAUGAGAGCUUCAACAAAACAAACUUCGUAAUAUUGUUCUUUGCCACCGUCACCAUGUGCUUCUUCGCCUUCACCGCCAAAGUGGCAACUGGAGCCUUAUUCAUGCUCAAUAAUUACACAGCUGUGGUGGUGAUGAUGGUCCAACUCUUUACAUUGUGCUACUUCAGUGAACUUCUCGCUAAGGAGAGCUCGGGCAUAGCGAAGUCUGUCUAUGAAAAUUUAUGGUACGAGAGUGGCACUAACUAUCAGAAGUCGAUUCGUUUUAUUAUAGCUAGAGCUCAAAGACCAUGUUGCCUGACCUCCCUGAAAUAUGCACCAAUCAACCUCGCCUCCUUCAGAAAGGUUAUCAGUACCAGUUGGUCUUACUUCUCACUAAUUCUUCGUAUAUAUGAAGAUAUUCGAUAAAAAUAAAUUACCUACAUAAGUUUUCCUUCACAUAAAGCUGUUUCGAACUUACAUUCAAAUGAAUAAGUGGUUUAUAUUACAUUAUAUUUCAUUACAUUAUAGUUACAUAUUUAGUUUAGUAUAAUUUAAUACAUAACAGAAGUAAAUAGAUCACGGUAGUACCUAGUUAGUAAGAUACA